AACGGUGACUCUGCGCUGGUCACCUCUUCACUUCAUGUGGGGUGCCUUUGCCCACCUAUCUUCCCAUUCUCUGUUGACAUGGCCGAGACUAGAAACGUCCGCUGACGGCAUUUCCUAGCCCAAGUGGCGGUUGGUAACAGCUUCCUCAGAGAGCUCUCAGCAGGGUAAACAGAGAGCAGGAGGGUUACCCAGUGUACCCAAGACUCUGCUGAGUGCCUUUAGAUGGAAGAGGGUUAUACCUGGCACAUUCCUUUUUGGGGUAGGAGGUAUGAUGGGGCAUGGAAGAGCAAACAGACCCAAGCUUUCCUCUGUCGUAUCCGAGGUGGUGAACUGCAGAGUUUUCUCCUCGUUUGAGAGGCCUUUGCACACGUUAGUCGCCCCGGCAACAGUACUGCUCACGGGCUGUGUUAAGCAGCCUCUCCUCUGGGAGAAUUCCGAGCCAAGUCACCUGCCAGUGCUCACUUCUAAUAAGCGUGUUUCGUCUGCAGGGAGAACGUUACUGGAGAAGCUGUUCAGCCAGCAAGAGAACGGGCCUCCAGAAGAAGCAGAGAAGUUUUGCUCAAGGAUCAUUGCUAUGGGUCUCCUGCUCCCGUUCAGUGACUGCUUCAGGGAACCAUGUACUCAGAACACCCAACCGAGUUCAGCUCCGUUUGAUCAAGACCAGCUGUACACCUGGGCCGCUGUCAGACAGCCCACACACUCCCUGGGUUCCAGAGCUGCUGCUGAAGGGCAGUUUCCCAGGCCGCCUGUUUGGGCUCCAGCUCAGCCUCCUGAUGAAGAGCAGAGGCCCACGGAAGUUGGCACAGAAUCUGCUGUUUUGGAAACUCCAAAAAAAUGUUCAGAUGCUGUUCAGCAGGAAGUUUUUGACAUGAAGUCUGAGGGACAGGCAACUGUCAUUCAACAGCUGGAACAGACCAUUGAGGAUCUGAGGACCAAAAUAGCCGAGCUAGAGAAGCAGUACCCCGUCAUGGAUCUGCAGGGGACCAGUGGCCAUCGCGGGGUUCGGAACGGAGUGGCACCCUCGGAGGAGAUCUGCCUCGAAGCUCUCAGGUUAGGUGAAGAGAACGCGCAGCCUCAAAGGAUUCUGCAGGCAAAGUCAAUCCAGACAUCCCCAGCAGAAGAGGACAGAAGGCCAGCCCUGCCUGCUGAGAAUGCCCUGCCCGAGUGUCCCCCACGUCCACCAGGGGGUGACAGUGCAUCCCCGGGCAUGCCGGCUGCCCUCUCGGGCCCUCAGGCAAAAUUCUGCUCAGAGAUCUCUUUGAUUGUGUCUCCAAGGCGAAUCUCAGUACAACUCGAAGCACAGACGCAGCUCCCGUCCCCUCUGUCCCUUCCUCAGGGGGACGCUGAAGGGCAGUGUUGUAACUUGAGAGACUCUAGUACUUCUCUUAUUUGGGAAAAAAUUGAAGAACCAUCCAUAGAUUGUCAUGAAUUUGAGGAAUUGUUUUCUAAAACUGCUGUAAAAGAAAGGAAGAAACCCAUUUCUGACACCAUCACAAAGACCAAGGCCAAACAAGUUGUCAAGUUAUUAAGCAACAAAAGAUCACAAGCAGUUGGAAUAUUGAUGUCCAGUCUUCAUUUAGAUAUGAAAGAUAUACAACAUGCUGUUGUGAACUUGGACAAUUCUGUGGUUGACCUGGAAACCCUGCAAGCUCUCUAUGAAAAUCGUGCACAGUCAGAUGAACUGGAAAAAAUUGAAAAGCAUGGCCGAUCCUCUAAAGACAAAGAAAAUGCCAAGCCUCUGGACAAACCUGAGCAGUUCCUUUAUGAACUGUCACUAAUCCCCAACUUUUCAGAGCGAGUCUUUUGCAUCCUGUUCCAGUCCACAUUUUCAGAAAGCAUUUGCUCAAUCCGUCGCAAACUGGAAUUGCUGCAGAAAUUAUGUGAGACAUUAAAAAAUGGCCCUGGGGUUAUGCAGGUUCUGGGUUUGGUUCUUGCCUUUGGCAACUACAUGAAUGGUGGAAAUAAGACUCGUGGACAGGCUGAUGGCUUCGGAUUGGACAUUCUUCCAAAACUGAAGGAUGUCAAAAGCAGUGACAACAGCAGAAGUCUUUUGUCAUAUAUUGUUUCCUAUUAUCUUCGAAAUUUUGAAGAGGAUGCUGGGAAAGAACAGUGUAUCUUUCCUCUACCAGAACCCCAAGACCUUUUUCAAGCUUCACAGAUGAAGUUUGAAGAUUUUCAGAAAGAUCUCCGAAAACUGCAGAAAGACUUGAAAGCCUGUGAAGUUGAAGCAGGAAAAGUAUUUCAGGUAUCCUCAAAAGAUCACAUUCAACCUUUCAAAGAAAACAUGGAACAAUUUAUCAUUCAAGCUAAAAUUGACCAAGAGACAGAGGAGACUUCACUGACAGAGACUCAUAAAUGCUUUUUGGAGACAACAGCUUAUUUCUUAAUGAAACCAAAACUUGGUGAGAAAGAGGUGUCCCCAAAUGUUUUCUUCAGUAUCUGGCAUGAAUUCAGCUCUGAUUUUAAAGACUUUUGGAAGAAGGAGAACAAGCUUAUUCUACAAGAGAGAGUAAAAGAAGCUGAAGAGGUAUGUAGGCAGAAGAAGGGAAAAUCACUUUAUAAAAUAAAACCAAGGCAUGACUCUGGAAUUAAAGCAAAGAUAAGCAUGAAAACCUGAACAAUGUGAGCAGAAUAACAAUGAGUCAUUGCAAUCAUCUCCACACAAUUCAGCUGACCUGAGGGCGGGAAGGAAACAACAUCAUUUGACAAUAUUUCUUCUUGACCUCUUGCAUAAUCUUUGCGUUUUCUAAUCAGUUCUUGAUUGUUAAAUUUUACUGUGCAUUCAUGUAAUAAUAUAAAAGCAGUAUACCAGUUGACAGCUUUUCUUUUUGUAAAAGUUUAUGGUGUUAUACUGAUAGACCAAAACAGCAUGUUCAGAGGCAGCAUCUGCAUUCUUUCUGAACAUGCUCAGCAUUAACCUAAAAUUUACUUUUGUGACAAUAUUCCUGAUCACAACAAAAUGCUUUCUACUGAUGACCUACGCUCCGUGUCACUGAAUGAGGGGUAAAAUGUUUCUAGUGUAUUGUUUGUAUCAGCUCAUGUCUACACACACAUUUUCUAUUUUAAAAUUUGACGAUCAUUUAUAUGUCAUAAUCAAGGCUUUCCUGACUCUUGGAUUGCUCUUUAGGCUAUCUAUUUGUGAAAGAAGAUUGUCUUUCUUUUUAUUCAAGUCAGAUGAUGAGUAACAAAAUAUAGCAAAAGCAGAAAGAAUCUUUCCCUAUGAGUCAUUUACUAUAGGCAGAGAUUAGAAUUUUAAUUUUUAAGUGUAAUCAGAACUUUUGUCAUUGUGUCCUUUGAGACUCUACAAAAAAAGGUAAACUGCAGCUAAGGUAAAUCAAACAAAGUGUUCCUGUCGGUAACUGUUAGCAUUACCUCCACAAAGAAAGCAUGACUCAAUAUUUUGAAGGAAUUUAAAUCAAUGAUGCUCAUAAAAUUACCAAACAUGACUAAAAGUUGGCCAAACAAUAAGUUUUUUGCAUGGAUUGGCAUCUACCUAGAAAACGUAAUUAAACAUACCUGCCUGGGUAUUUUGAGAUGAUUUGGGCUGUAUUAAUGUGUCAUUGCAGGUGAUUACAAGCUGUAAAAUGAGUAUGUAAUGAUUCAUUAUCUAGAGGAGCCUAGGAAAGAAUUUUAUUUUAUUAAAGGGUGCAAAGUAAAUCUCCACUGAUUCCUUAGAGCUCAGCUCAUGAUACGUAUGAUACUCAUGGUUUUGUGAAACAUUAAGAGGUUUUUAAAAAAAUUCUUUUAUGAUAUUUGUUGGGGGUUAUGUUUAUGGAUAAAGUGGAGAACUUAUUGCAAACCAGUUAUGGAAAGCAAGUCAAAAAGAAAAACAAUGUUCUGAAUUAUAACUUUGUUUAGAUUAUAUAAAAUAUGGUCUCUUGACAUUUAGUUUGUAGUUUAAGGGCAAAGAAGCAGUUGUGGGUUUUUUGUUGUUUUCUAGUCUUCCUGUCCCUUUCCACUCCCUCCAAUGUGUAUAUUGCCAUUAUUCAAUGAAAUAAUAGGGCAUUUAACAAAGAUUGCUAUGUGCAAUACUGUAUUUAGUGUUUCUAUUUCAAUUUUUCUAGGAUGUUAAUUUAUAUUAAAAUAAAAUGAAUAAUAAAAUAAUUCAAGAAGUGCCUCUUAUGUGCAUAAGCCCAGCAUCCCAUUGGACAUUAGAGGAAGAAAUUAAUUAGCUGCACUUGAAAAUUUUUGAAAGUUGUUAUUUCAGACUUAACAGAUAUUAAUAGUUAAGUAUUUGAUGAAUAUUUCCUUUUAGAGAUAAAUAAUUACUACUUCAAAUCACUUACAAAAGGGUUGAAAUUUUUCUUAUGCAAUUUUACAGAACAGGAAUUUCCCAUUCAUGAAUAUCAAUAUAUUAAUAUUUUAAUAUUUUUUUAUAAAAACCACAGAUUAAGAAGGACAGAUAACAAAGUAUUUCAAAUAACUUAAUAGCAAGUUUCAGGGAGAAGUUUAAAGAAAAAAAGGUUGAUUCAGGAUGGAAGGGCAAUCUGACUGCGACUUCUGUCACCCCACUGGCCCCAGGGUCGAUUCAACUGAAAGGGCCUCUGGCGGGUAACGCCUUCCUCAAGGCUCCAUGUGCCUCCUUCCCAAUGCCGUGAGCUCCACUGAAGAAGACAGCCUUCCCUGUAGAGAUGGACCAUUCUUAGGUCAAGUGUGAGUACCUGCACUCCCCUGCUAGAACAUUCAAGCAAACUCUCACAAAAGUUGACUCGUUGCAAUGUCCAAUUCAGAGAAUACUAAACACUAAGUCUAGGGGAAAUAAAAGGAGUUCAGUUAUUGAAGGAAGAAAAGAGACAUCUUCAAAUGGGAAUGUAGUGCUCAAAUGCACGAUGGAAACAUCAUUUCUCUUAUUAGUUGCAGAUUAGAUGGAGGGAAUGAAACAUAAAGGAGAAAUAAUAUCAAAGUUGUCAGAGUUUUAGGGAGGAACUCUGAGUCAGUGGGAGAAACUUCUGUCAAGAGUAGCUAAGUCAUAAAUGCUUUUGUUACUCAUGGCAGCUCUGUGCCAGCAACAUUGACAUUGACUGGGAGUUUGUCUAAAAUGCAAUCUUGGAUAGUGAGUGGUAGGGAGACAUUGAAUUGAGGGGAAAAGCAUGGGAAACAGAUGCAAAAUAGUCUGUCACCUCUCAUGAAGUUCUGUACAGAAUAUGGAGUAAAUAGUGGGAAGGAGAAAUAGCAGGAGAUGAUGCUAGAUCUUGGAAGUCUCUUCAAGAAACAGCAUGGAAUUAUUUUUAACCAAUAUAUCAUUUUAAAGAGAUAACAUGACCUCGUCUAUACCUACCAGUGUGAUAGAUACAGUAGAGGUAAAUAAAUUUGGAGACCAGGUCUUUAAAGAGAUUUUGCAUUUAAGAAAUAGAACUUAAGAUACUACUAGUAGAGAUAAAAACUUGAAUGUGAUGGGAAGACAUUUAAGUUAAGGAGGUUAAGUUAAGAGAACUUCUUGAAUGUUUAGGUGUCAGAAAAAAUAAGCAGAUUGAAUGUAAGAAAACAGUAUGGUUUUUUGACUAGAUUAUUUGAUGAAAGUGGCUCCACGCACCGGAAGAGGGAAAACGGGAAAUUCUUCAGUGAAGUUUCUUCAGCAGUCAGUGCUACAGAAAACCCUUGCUGGUAAGCUUCUCAAAUGGAGAACCACAAGUCUUUAUUCUGUUAGUCAACUUCAUUUCUUCAGAGCACUGGUCACUAGUAUUAGUUACAUGGUUCUUAGUAUAUAGUCUGUCACCCACUCAAAUUUAACUACACAAGAAUUUUUUUCUACCAACACUAACUCUAUAGCAUUCAUUGUAGCACAUGAUCGUCAGUGUAUUUGCUUUAGCGAAAAAAAAAAUAAAUGAGAGAAGGGAAAAGUUCAUGAAUAACAAAGAAUGAAGAACUCAUAAAUGUGUGUGGGAAAAUCAGUUGAAGAUUUCUAGUAGGCAGAAAAUAUUAAGCAGGAAUUCCCAAGAGAGGUUUAGUUCUGGAAAUUUUGUAAAAGCUACCUUCAAUAAGGUGGUAGUUGAAAUCAAGUAGAUUGUUAAAAGUGCUUAUGGAAGUAGGAAUUUUUAAAAAGAAAGAAUAUUAACUUUAUUUAUUUUGGCUAGAACAAAUACAAAUAUAUCAUGAAAAAAAACCUCAGAAAGAUUAACCAGGGAAUUAAAAGCUGAGAACCUCACAGAAAUAGUGUUUUUAUUUAAUAACUUUUAUUUAAUAAAUACUUUUAUUUAAUAAGUAAUGUUUAUUUAUUUUUUUUAAAAAACAUUGUUUUUUUCUAAUGUGAUGAGAAAAAUAUGAUCUCACCCAAAGUUGACCUAAAGGACAUCACUUAAGGAGCUUCUUUCAUUGUAGUCAUUUUGUUCAAUAUUUCAGUUUCCAAUAACUUAUUGGUGAGCAGGAGAACUGUAUUGCAGAAGUCAAAGUAAAGAGUACUUGCAAAAGAAAGUCUACGCUGAUAUCAUCUUACUGUCCGUCAAGCAUGCUACUAUUGCACAUAUAAUGAAAUACAGGUAACACAUUGACUUACUAUUCUAUUUAAAACUUGCUUGAGAGAAGUCGUGUAGAAAUGGUGUUUAAAAUAUUAGUUCUGAAGUUCCACUCCUGGUGUUGCUGGCUGAGCUUCUAAGAGACUAACCCUCCAAUAGGUUAACUCUGAAUAAGAUAUAAAAUUAAGCACUGGGAGUCUCUAGAGAGUAAAUAGAGUUGGCAGGUUCUUUUUGGACAUAAGACUGGGACAAAUCCUUUAAUUUCCUAAAAAGAGACCUUGUUAGUAAAAAACUAUAUGCUAUGAAAAUAUAAUUAAAGAAUGAGGGUGAAAUAGAUUCUUGCAUACAUAAGAGAAUUAUGAAUAUUUGUCAGCAUCGGAUAGCACCAAAGGAAAUUUGAAUUAUCAGGAAGAAAUAACAAACUUUGGACAUGGUAAUACCUAAUAGAAUGUGAAAGACUAAUUCCUUUGUUUCUAAUUUAUUUCAAACAUUGUUGAAAGCCAAAGUGGGGGGGAGGAACCUCUAACAUAUCCUCUUGCUGGGUGUUACUAAAUUGAUCUUUCCCUAUGUGAUACUGUUUUAAUUACUUAUCCAGACUGAGAAGAGCUCGGAAGUGUGAGAAUUUUCCCUUGUGCCCUAAUAGCAACAAUAACAGGCAAAAGAUUGAUCUGCAGAAUCAAAAAGUCCCAUGUAUACAAAAGUCCCAUUUGUAAAACAAAUUUGGAAAGGUCCCCAGUAAAAUAGCAACAAAAAUGUUAAACAGUAUGGAAUAAAUUUAAUAAGAAAUGUGUGAUGUUGAUAUAAAAAAAUGAAAGGCGCACACCCACAAGAUGAAAGUUUUAUGUUUGAAAAUGUCAGUACUCCCUAAAUGAAUAUAUACAUUUAAUGCAAUAUACUUUGCAGCAAUACUUUGUGUUUGGACAUGUGUGUGGGGGUGAGCUACAUGCAAGCUCACACAUAAAAUUAACCAUGAAAGUCCUGAAGAGGAUAAAAAGUGAAAUAGAAAGAGCUGAGUGAACUAGAUAUUAACCAUAUUAGAAAGUGACCAUAAGUAAUUGUAAUGACAGAUUUUGGAAAUUUUUAAAAUAAAAUGACAUCCAUUUUAUGCAUUGAUAGAUAAAAUUUUAAGAGGAAAAUUAAGAAACAGAACUGUGUAAAUGCACUCUUUUUUAUGUAAAAACGGGAGCAAUGUGAUUACUGAACCCAGAAAUUAGUGGGCAUAGACUAUCUCUGGAAGUGUUCACAAGAAACUACUGUUUUUUUUUUUCUGGAAAAGUGCAAAUGAUGGCUAUGGAAUAGGUCAGAGAGGUUGGUUUUUCAUUGUCAUUUCCUUUGGCUCCUCUGGAUUUUGUGCAUUGUGAAGGAUAAGUAAAUACAGAAAUAUUUAAUAAUUCACUUAUUUGAAUGUAUCUCAUUUUUAAAGAGCAGCUGGCACUUACAUGGUCUUUCUGUUAACUCUAGGAAACAAUGUGUUUUGGGAGGCUUAUGCUGCUUCCACCUUACUGUAGCUACACAAUCAGACAUAGCUCCUGAAGGCCAGGAAAAGUCUCGCGCUAGGCCAUGUGGAGAUGUGUCAGGGUGGGAAUUCAGCAAUAUUUGUCCAUUGCAGGAAUGGGAAAAAAAAGUCAGGGUGGUUAUUUGGUCACUGGCUUCAUUUUGUCCUACAGAGGUCUGAUUUUUGAAGUCACACUUGUCUUUUUAUUUCGUCAUAGGCCAUUUUGGUAGUUCUUAUGCGAAACCCCUUUUGCCUUAAGUCAAAGUUGCUUCAUAUUACCCUCAUUGAUUUUUAUGUAAAUGUUUCUAAGUUAUGCUUUAAUUCUAACAUAGAUUGUACAGUUUUCCAGAGACUGACAUCACUUGCUAAUCCAUGCAACAGAUGUGAGGACCAACUCACAUCUCCCAAGGAAACUGACAAUGUGAUUUUUCCUUUGGUGUUUACAUUUCAGAGUCAGAAACAGGCAAUACACUUAAACCAUGUUAAUUGUGGUGUUUACAAUCUGGUCUUAAUUGGUUAUUGCCUGUGUGUACAUUAUUAUCAGCAGUGACAGACCAAUCAUCAAACAAGUUUUCUAGAAAUACAGAUAUAUAUUAGAGUGUACUCAUUAACAACAUUUUUAUGACUUAAACACAAAUCAGUGAACUUCAGGAAUACGUGAAUUGGAAUAGUUUAGUCUCCUUCAGUGACUCCUCAUUUAAUGUUUUCUAUAGGUUCUUGAAAGCAGAUUUUAAUGAAAGCAGGUUCUCCUUGUUUUAUUUAAUUAAUUAAAUUAUUUAAUGUUGCUUUGUUAUAAAAUUGAUGAGAAAAAAAUCUGCUAAAUUUGAACAAAAUGACGUUAUGUAAGGAACUGUUACAUUCUGUCUCACUUAAUAAAUUAAGAUGAAUUAUU